AUGACACAGUCUUACAGCACUGUGAUUCAGAAGCGAGUAACUAAUGCUCUUCAGGUUCAGUUCAAGAAAGAGGUGGGGAAGCUGCAGCAGCAUCUGUCCCUACUGCGCGAACAGUACGUGAAGCUGCAGGAAAGAUACACAGCACUAGAGCAGCAGCAUGCCAUCGUCACGGCAGGCACUCAGGUCUCGGAAGGGGAGGACUCCUUUGUCACGAGGCUCUUGCGGUUCGUGGCAGAUUUGUACGACAAGGAAAAGUACAGCGACAUGUCGGUACACCUUGGAACCAGGACCAUAAGAGCCCAUCGUUUUGUUCUGGCAGCGCGUAGUGACAACUGGGGGGUAUCGUCCCUCGCAGACGUUGAUGCACUAGAUUGGAGUUCACUGGACGAAGAGGUUGGUGAGGCUGUUUUGCGAUGGGUGUACACAGACCACGUCAGUCUCCUCAAUGAGCAUGACUUCACACUCAGUCUCAUGAGGGCAGCAGCAUGUUUCUCUUUAAAUCCUUUGAUGAAAAGAUGUGAAAAGGCACUCAUGGGUUGGGUCACAGUGAGAAACUGUGUUCGACUCUACACCACAGCAGAUGAGAUUGGUGCGCAGACAUUGAGGGAUCAUUGUUCAACACUGAUAUCCACACAUUGGGUUACCAGUUGGCUGUUUAGGACAUUGAUGUGGGAGACAAGGUUUAUGUAG